GGCACACAUAGUAGCGGGAAUUUCAAAAGUGGAGAGAAAGACUGUGGUAGUUGUUGCUGCUGAAGGACAGCCGGAGCGCGGGAUUGAACUCGGUGUGACGCUGAUUUUGGCUCUAAGGUGCACCGGAGUAUAGGUUAACACAGUCUGGACAUACGUCAAAAACCCCUAGAAAGGGUUUCCAGACUGCUUUGCACCCAGCUCGCAAUUUCUACUAUUUUGAACACAGUCUGGACAGACAGGAAUAGUUUUCAUUAUGGAAGAUUCUCUUUCCAGUGUUAAAACCAGAUACAUCACAAACAAAAACUUUCCGGUUAACGUUAUAUCUGUUGGUUCAGCCACUCUUGGUGAAAAUCAAAGGAAAGGCAUGGGAAGACAAUCUGAAUCAAAGACUCAAAAGAAGAGAGAGAGAGAAAACAUUUCUAAAGCAGUGUGUGCAUUGCUGAAUUCUGGGGGAGGCAUAGUGUUGGUCAAUAUAAGUAAUGAAGAUUUUAGUUAUAAGAAGCAUUCUCUAGGACUGGACAUUGAGAAAGAUUUAAGUAGCCUUAUUUUUAAUUUACCACAAGCAGAUUACUUUGAUAUUAUUCAAAUUAAAAUGCAUCUGUACAUUUUUGUGAAAACUUGAAGUUCUAAUAAUCGGUUGCCAAGAAUUUGUACUCUAAGUGUGGGUUUGUUUCAUCGAUCAUUCACUUCAAAGAGAGCUGCAGAUUCCCAGCAAGUGAUGGAUCUAAUAGAGAAAAAAUCAAAAAGGAAGAGAGUAUGCUUCUCAAGAUCUGAUCUUGAUAAAGAGAAAUUGGAUGCCUUGUGUGAAAGAGAGUAUCUACAUCUAGAUGAAGAUUUAGAAUUGUCAGAAUCGGAUGUAGUUGAAUUCAAGGAUUUUUCCACUGGAAAAAUAGAGACCAGAUUAAAAGAAGUUAUUCCAGAAUACAUUUCUAUGUUCGGAAACUGUAAAGGAGGAUAUCUCAUAAUUGGUGUUCGUGAUUGUGGAACAGUGAAAGGGUGUGGAAAAGAACUAUCUAAAUUAAAGAUUGAAGAUCUGGUCAAAUCAUCAUGUGAAAAACUGAAGAUGUACCACUUACAUGAUUGUUUCAUGGAAAAUGUAUCUUACAGUAUAGUGAUUAAAGAUGUUUAUGAUGAUUCAAGGAAGUUUUCUGGCUACGUCCUUAUUAUAAGGGUUGAGCCAUUUUGCUGCCUGCUUUUUGUUGAUGAUCCACAAUCCUGGAUAGUAGAAAGUUACAACCAAGACAUUAACAUUGAUCAGAUAAAAAGGCUGGAAACUCAUGAAUGGAUACAAAGAAUGCAGAAAGAAGUUAUAGACCCAAGAUUGGAGCUACAGUUCUCAAAACUGAGCAUUUCUGAUCAAUCUUCACAUAGUAAACCAGUUUACAAAAGGGAAGGAGGGGAAUCUUUGCUAGAUAUCCAGAAAAAUCUUUUUGGAGAUAUUGGAGGGAGAAUAACAAUUAAACCAGAUACUUUGUACAAUGAGCUUUGCAGAGAACACCCAGAGAUAAUAAAACAACUGAAGGAACAUCUUCCAGAAACAGAGGGUGUGCUAAUUCUGUCUAGAAGCUGGGCUGUUGAUGUUGGAUUGAAGAGAAAUCGGAAUGCUGUGUGUGAUGCACUCCUAAUUGCCACAAACAACUAUCCACAACUUUACACUGUAUUUAUAGCAGAAAUUACACAAAAGGAUUUUAACCAUUCAAAUUUAACAGCAUUUACACUUAAUAAAAAACUUGUUAGUAUUGGGGGUUACACAGGAAAACUAUGUGUUAUCCCUAAACCACUGAACCUUCUGAAAGAGAACCAAAAUCGAAACUUCUACUGGCCAAGUAUUGCGUUUCCAAAGACAUACAUUUUGGAUAACUUAGAGAAUACAAAUGAAUUGCUGCAAUCAGUCCUGAUUGCUCUUCUCAGUUUUAAAACUAAUCUUAGCGACAUGAUAGGGAUUGAAAUAUUUAAUCUUCUAACCACUGAGCAGUAUGAAAUUCUAUCAAAGAAUUUACAUAAAUCCAGACAUUUAUUUGUGCAUGGACCGGCAGGUUCAGGGAAGACAGUUGUUGCUCUGAAGAUAAUGGAGAGAAUUGCAAAUGAGUAUGAUUGCAGUGCCAGUGAAAUUCUGUACGUCUGUGAGAACACACCUUUGCGGGACUAUGUCAGGAAACAUAAUCUUUGUGAGGCUGUGACCAGGGAGACAUUUAUGCUUAAAACUAUUUCUAAUAUAAGACAUAUUAUCAUCGAUGAGGCUCAAAAUUUUCAAGGCGACUGGUACAAAAAGGCAAUGAAAAUUCACAGAGCUGCUGGGAAGACAAGUGUUUUCUGGGUUUUUCUGGAUUAUUUUCAGUCAAGCCACCCUUAUGAAACUGGGCUUCCAGAGGUAGAAAAUCAAAACAAGGAGUUCCUAACAAAAGUUGUACGGAAUGCAGGAGACAUCUACGAUUUUAUGAAGAAGGCCAUGACCGAUAUUGUUAAUGCUAAAGCAUCUGAUUUAUUUUUGAAAAAUAUAAUGGAAAGAUGUGAAUGUUCUCACUCAGUUCCUGGUACCUGCGUUGUAUUGGAAGAAAACCUUGACAGGCAGAAAAUUGUUGCAUACAUUGCAAACAAAUGCAAAGAAUACCUUCAUAAAGGUUAUUCAGAACGUGAUAUAGCCAUUUUAUGUAACACAGCAUCUGAUGUUGAGGGCUACAAAAAUGAUUUAAUUGAGAAAAUGAGGAAAGGUAGGUUAAAUAAUUUCAAGGAUGCUGGAUCAAUUUUAGAUAACUGCAUUGUUAUAGAUAGUAUCCGCAGGUUUAGUGGCCUUGAGCGCUUAGUUGUAUUUGUAAUCCAUCCAGUACCUGUUCAAGCUGAAAUUAAAUCAAAUAUUUUGCUUUGUGCUGCAUCAAGAGCUCAAACAAAUCUUUAUGUCCUUUAUGAAAAAAGUCACUUUGUGCGAAGAAAUUAUUUUAAAAUCUAAUAUUUAAAAAGGUGAUGAGGCAUUAUGGGGUAAUAUUAUCCCAUCUUACACAUACCUGUAUGUGGGCAGGAAAAUAUUUUGCUUGAAAUCAGUUGGGUAACACAAAAUAAAGAAACAUAGGAAAUUUCACUUUUAAAAAAUCAUUUGUAUAAACACUAAUAAAGUAUUAGCCCCUUCCUGAUUAUUACAUAUUUGUUAUUUAGUUCUAUCACUUAUAAUGCAAUUACAACCACUUCAAUGCCUGUCCUCUUAUUUAUGUAAAUUACCGACCCACGUAGAGGCCUAUGUAUCAAAAUUGGAAUUUGAGAAUUUUUCAGUUUUUUUCAUUCACACUUGAAUGUCAAAAAACUAACAUUGAAAAAAACUUGAACACAUUGAAUAUAUUUGCUACUCAUCAUUUAGGAUGAAUCUACCAACUUUCGGAAAAACACACAAAGACCUUGCUAGGAAAAUUCCACUUGACUUCUACAUAAACUUGCCAACAUUAUGAUGCUGAAUUUUUACAUAAAAAUGUUCACGUUUUUUUUUUUGCACUUUAAGGAGAACUAAACACUAGCAUCCCACCACUGCCCCCUCCAAGUGCCCUCCCAACAGCAUGGAGGUCAGGAUACACUGAGACUCCUGAGAAGAAUAAAUGCUGCGGGAAGGGAGCUUGGAGGGGGUUCGUUCUCCUUUAAUAAAUCUUCAAAUUUUUUAGAUAUUCUUAAUUUGAAUCUGUGAAUUUUAGCCCAAAAAUAUACAAAUUUGAGUGCUGAUAAAUUGGCCCCUUCGAUUGUAAGCUCUACUAGGCAGGAUCCCCCUUUUACAUCUUUUACAUUUAGAACUUAAUCUUUAAUGUAACUGUACUUUGUAUUGAUCUCUGUUUUGUUUUGUUGUUCUGCUGUACAUCACUUCAUGCACAAGUAGUGCUGAAUAAAUAAAACUAUACAUAA